GGCUCAGUUCCCAGGAGGUCCAGGCCGUCGGAAGGACCUUCUGUCCUAAAUAUGACAUCGAGAUCCAAGAGCCUACAAUAGCGGAGGCUGAGGAGGGACCGGAUCCACGGGACGCAUGAAUUAAACAAUCACCAACGCCACCUCACGCCCCCACCUCCCCCCAACCUCCUACUUCAUGUGCUCAAACGGAGGUGUGUGGAGGAGAGAGCGACCCGAGCCCGCAGCCGAUGCCCGGAGAGACCAGCAGCCUGUGUGCAGGCAGCUGCGGACGACAGGAAGGUGGUACCCAAGCGUCGCUGUUUGUUAUCCGCGAUCCGGCUCCGGAGGCGCGCCGCUGAGGUAUGGGCUGCGCUCCCAGCAUCCACGUCUCUCAGAGCGGGGUGAUCUACUGCCGAGACUCAGACGAAUCCAACUCCCCCCACCAGACCACCACCAUCUCUCAGGGCACCGCGGCCACGCUGCACGGGCUCUUCAUCAAGACCGAUGCGGCCGAGACCAUCCCCUCCGUCAUCACCUACCAGAACCGCCACUCGCGCAACAACUCGUACCGGGAUCGCAAGGAGAACAGCGGGGGCCACGUCCGCAUCGAGGCCGAGACGCAGACCAGCCACACCAGCGUCAAGGUUUCAGCUACAGAAGAAUGUGUUGGACCGAUGAGACUGACUCAAGAGCCAAUUCAGGUCCUGCUGGUGUUCGCCAAGGAGGACAGCCAAAGCGAUGCCUUCUGGUGGGCCUGCGACCGCGCCGGGUUCAGGUGUAACAUCGCACGGACGCCCGAGUCCGCCGUGGAGUGUUUCCUGGACAAGCACCAUGAGAUUAUAGUCAUUGACGGACGCCACUCGCGCUACUUUGAGCCUGAAGCUGUAUGCCGGUUGAUCCGCGCCACGAAGCCCUCUGAAAACACGGUUAUUCUAGCUGUCGUGCCACAAAAGCCGGCUGACCAGGACGAGCCCUCCGUCCUUCCUCUCCUCUGUGCUGGAUUUAGCAGGAGGUUUGUGGAGAGCAGCAGUGUGUCGGCAUGCUACAAUGAGCUCAUACAGAUCGAACAUGGAGAGGUGCGCUGCCAGUUCAAACUCAGGGCUUGUAACUCUGUCUUCACUGCUCUGGAGCACUGUCAGGAGGCCGUGGAGAUCACCAGCGAGGACCACAUCAUUCAGUACGUGAACCCGGCGUUCGAGCGGAUGAUGGGCUACCACAAGGGGGAGCUGAUCGGGAAGGAGCUGACCGAACUCCCCAAGAGUGACAAGAACAGAGCAGACCUGCUGGACACCAUCAACACCUGCAUCAAGAAAGGAAAGGAAUGGCAGGGAAUUUACUACGCCAGGAAGAAGUCCGGCGACAGCGUACAGCAGAACGUGAAGAUAACGCCUGUCAUCGGCCAAGGAGGGAAGAUCCGACACUUUGUGUCCAUCAAGAGACCUCACAGCGACAACAACAACCAGGUCCACAAGUUCAACAAGGAGGAGAGAGGCAGCGGGGAACACUCGCAGUCAGAGUGCCACUCUCUGCGUCACCGAGACCGGAGGAAAGACUCCGUCGACGCCAGAUCGCUCAGCUCUCGCAGCAGCGACGCUCCCAGUUUGCAGAAUCGAAGAUAUUCCUCCGUCGCCAGGAUUCACUCCAUGACCAUCGAGGCUCCCAUCACCAAGGUGAUAAACAUCAUCAACGCGGCCCAGGAGAGCAGCCCGGUGACGGUGGCCGAGGCGCUGGACCGCGUGCUGGAGAUCCUGAGGACCACCGAGCUCUACUCCCCUCAGCUCGCCUCCAAAGAGGACGACCCCCACACCAACGACCUGGUCGGGGGGCUCAUGAGUGACGGGCUGCGGAGACUCUCUGGGAAUGAAUAUGUCUUCUGCAAAAACAUGAGUCACAGCCAGCUGGCCAUCCCGGUCACCCUCAAUGACGUCCCUCCGUCCAUCGCCGAGAUGCUGAAUGAUGAGGAGUGCUGGGAGUUCAACAUCCUGGAGCUGGAGGCCGCGACACACAAGAGACCGCUGACUUACCUCGGGCUGAAGAUCUUCACGACUUUCGGCGUGUGCGAGUUCCUGACCUGCUCGGAGGCCACGCUGCGCUCCUGGCUGCAGCUCAUGGAGGCCAGCUACCACGCCUCCAACUCCUACCACAACUCCACGCACGCCGCAGACGUGCUGCACGCCACUGCCUACUUCCUCCGCAAGGAGAGGGUCAAGGGUAGUCUGGACCAGCUGGAUGAGGUGGCGGCGCUGAUCGCGGCCACCGUGCACGACGUGGACCACCCGGGAAGGACCAACUCCUUCUUGUGCAACGCCGGCAGCGAACUGGCGAUCCUCUACAACGACACGGCCGUGCUGGAGAGCCACCACGCCGCCCUCGCCUUCCAGCUGACCGUGCGAGACGGCAAGAGCAACAUCUUCAAGAACACGGACCGGAAUCAGUUCCGAACGCUGCGGCAGGCGAUCAUCGACAUGGUGUUGGCCACGGAGAUGACCAGGCACUUUGAGCACGUCAGCAAGUUCGUGAACAGCAUCAACAAGCCGAUGGCCGCCAUCGAGGAGACCAGCACGAGCAGCGUGAACAGCGACUGCGACGGUCAGGCCAACAUCAGGAACUCUCCGGAGAACCGUCUGCUGAUAAAGAGGAUGCUCAUCAAGUGCGCGGACGUGGCGAACCCCUGCAGGCCACUCGAGCUCUGCAUCGAGUGGGCCGGACGGAUCUCUGAGGAGUACUUCGCUCAGACGGAUGAGGAGAAGCGACAAGGGCUGCCGGUGGUGAUGCCGGUGUUUGACAGGAACACCUGCAGCGUGCCCAAAUCUCAGAUCUCCUUCAUCGACUACUUCAUCACCGACAUGUUCGACGCCUGGGAUGCCUUCGCCAGCCUGCCCGGUCUCAUGGAACACCUGUCGGAGAAUUACAAGUACUGGAAGGGCUUGGACGAGAUGAAGUGCAAGAGCCUGCGUCCUCCUCCUCCUUCGUGACCGACUUCCCCUUCGCCUCCUUUCAUCCGUCACUCCGGGGGCAGAGCGGGACGGCCGGCGCGGCCCCGCGGUGGAACGAUUAGUCUCUUCAGCUGUGAUUCGACGGAGCUCCGUGACCUCCCGGCCGCCGCCGGACACGUUUACGGAGCCGGCGAUCCGGGCCUCUGAGAGCGGGCGUCACUGACUGAUCGACGCUGAGACGCCGUUUCAAUCUCAAAUCACAGCCUCUUUUCCUGUGUGGCUCUCAGUGGGGGUGGUGUCCACCAGUGGAGAACAGGUUGUCAUUUGAGGGCCCCUCUGUUGCCACUUUUACGGCCCUGUCAAGUAUUCCUAAUAGCACCCGUGUGGACCUCACGGCUCACCUGACGAUCUGCACCGUGCAACGUAACACGCCAGAAACCUGCACUUUAGCAAAUCCAAACGUUUUCUUUUUGAGCUCCUUCGUGUUAUUUUGGCUUUUUCUGCUGCAUCUGUCUGAAACGCGGUGAACAAGAUGGUGAACAAAGCACCGAGGCGGAUCCGUUCGCGCUUCUCGGCCAACGCGAGACACGGUCUCCAGUGUGAGAGACGCGUGUCUGGGACCAAACGCUUCGCGAUCCAUGUCCCUGUACUGAAAGAUCCUGCUGGACGCUCCAGAGUCUGGGCUCCAUUCGUGACGGUUGCCGGAUUUGAAGGUCACGUAGCCGUUGGUAAAAUAUCUUCGCCGCUGUCGUUUGUGCGCUGUGAGAGCAGCGUGUGUCAGAGCGGCAUCGCAGCAGAUGUGACGCUAACUGCAGAUAUCUGCACCCAAAUAAGAGGAAACAAAUCUGACCUGAAGUGCUCCACGUGAGGCCACGCCGUGCAGCGUUACAGCUGCACCAGAUCCACGUUUGGAUCCAGCUUGUGUGAAAACAGCAGCUGCAGCGUCCGGCUGCUUCUGACACCGAUCAGCUCCGGCUCUCACGUGGUUUUUGUUUAAGAUCCUGCAAAUGCAUUUUACCUUGCAGAGAAAUCUAGCUGCACAUGAGUUUCAGAUUAUUUGGAUGCAGAGAAAGGGAGACGAGAUCUGUGUGGUGGCUCUGCCCUCUGGUGGCUACAUGGAGGCGUUGCAGCAGUGGCACACACACAUGGAAUCAGUGCAAUGGUUCAUUUGGCAGAUGGAUUCAGACAGGUGGGGGGGCAUUAAUAAGGAAAAACUUUAAAAAAUUGAAAUGGUAUCAUCCCGUAGUCAGUGUGUCUUUCAGAGCACUUUACUUCAAUUUGACCCCUGAAGCUGAAACAGUAGUUUAAAGCUCUAUUUCAAGCAGCACCUCAGCGCUUUAUUUUACAGAGAAAAUUGGAUUCAAAGUGUCGAUUAGUGGUUAAAUCUGCAGAUAUCUGCUAUCAUGAGCGAAGUGGGGGGGGUGUGUACAGUGUGCUCUUUACAGGUGCCUUAUUCUUUGGCCAUCUUUACAGAAGCAGAAGCAUUUUUUGGGUCGACGUAGCUCCUCCUGUUGCUACCAGAAAAGCCACACAUGUUUUGGAUAUUUGGGUAAGUCGCCUCAUGGUCUGUGCUGCAGCUGCUCGGGACGUUCUCUCCUCCUCGUUUCGAACGGCUGCGAGGUUUUUAAAGACGGAAGCUGGAUCGGGUGACGCUGGAUCAGGUGUGAAGUCCACUGUUGGGUCUGUUAUUGUUUCGGUUACCGGUCACAUUCAUGUAUCUGUAACGACGUGUGGUCAUUUCACUGACGACCGAGGUCUUAAUCAAUGCCUUAACCUUCAUGUUUCAGUGUUUAGGUCUGCUAUUGUUGCGAUGCACUGUAAACUACCUGCUGUUCUUGUAAAUACUCGAUUUAUCAUUUUUGCUUUGCUUUUCACAUAACGUGCUUGUGUGACCUGUUCCGGCCGUUACGUGUUGCAGGAGCUGAUUUCCAAUCAAAACAUUUGAAUAUUUCACAGUGACUUGAAACGUGGCGCCGCCUCUGAGUGUUUCAGGACCGCUCUCGCUCAUCACGAGAAGAUAUUUUCGCUAGAGGACGAUGAAAGAUUUCUACUCACAAAGACGAUUUGCAGACAGACUUGCCUUUUCUGUGAUGAUACCCGUUAGGUCGGACGACGCCCGGCUCGCUUCGAGGCGGAGCCAGAUUGUAAAACCGCUUGUUGUGUAACGAUAAGCCUUCAUCACUUGCAGUGAUUUCUAUUUCCUCUCCUUCGUCUCUGACACUGAUGGCCGACAACGUGCCAACCCUGUGUUGUUUUGUAUAAUUUAUAAGCAGGACGAUUCGAGAGUCAUGUUAUAUAAAGUUCAAAUUAUUUUUCAAAGGAACAAAGUCAUUAUCGGCCGUGUAACGUGUGUUUUGAGAGAUUUUUCUGCCUUGUGCAUAGAAAUAAAAAAAGCUUUCCAUCAGAGUCACUUAAGCUGUUUGAAAAGUUUCGCUCUCUGGAUUAUUUUGUCUUAUUCUGAUCUCUGUCAAACACGCAAAUCUACUGUGAGAGACAAUUAAAGUGUUCUUUAAACAUGA